AUGGCCUGGUCCCAGAACAACGCUAAAUAUGCUGUCUGCACAGUGGACCGAGUGGUAUUGCUGUACGAUGAGCAUGGGGAGCGGAGAGACAAGUUCUCCACCAAGCCAGCUGACAUGAAGUGUGGCUGGAAGAGCUACAUGGUAAAGGGCAUGACUUUCUCCCCUGAUUCCACUAAAAUUGCCAUCAGGCAGACUGACAACAUCAUCUAUGUCUACAAGAUUGGAGAAGAUUGUCCCAUCCCUGGAGGGAUGAGUGUAAGCCAGCAGAAGGUCCCGAGAGCCAUUCAUCCAGACGGUAAAGUUCAGAGAGUGCUGUCACCUGUCUACAGUGGCCUGCAGAGUACAUUAUUGUCUUCGGACUGGCUGAAGGCAAGUUGCUCUGGGAAAGGCAUCCUCUCAGGUCACGCAGACGGCACCAUCGUCAGGUAUUUGUUCGGUGAUGAAGGCUCCAGAGGGUCACAGGGGAAGUUGGUUAACCACCCAUGCCCACCGUAUGCCUUGGCUUGGGCAACCAACAGCAUCGUGGCAGCAGGCUGUGAUCGGAGGAUUGUGGCCUAUGGAAAGGAAGGCCACGUGCUACAGACUUUUGACUACAGCCGUAAUCCUCAGGAGCGUGAAUUCACCACAGCUGCAGCAAGUCCUGGAGGCCAGUCUGUCGUGCUAGGAAGCUACGACAGACUCCGGGUGUUCAACUGGAGUCCUCGAAGAAGCAUCUGGGAAGAGGCCAAGCCCAAGGAGAUUGCCAACUUAUACACCAUCACAGCCUUGGCCUGGAAGCGGGACGGCUCCCGGCUCUGUGCGGGCACCCUCUGUGGUGGGGUGGAACAGUUUGACUGCUGCCUCCGAAGGAGUAUUUACAAGAACAAGUUUGAGCUGACGUAUGUGGGACCCAGCCAGAUAGCCUUGCAGGGAUCUGGUGGCAAUGAGAAAUAUUUCUUUGAAAAUGAGAAUGUGUGCAUGAUCUUCAGUGCUGGAGAGCUUACCCUGGUGGAAUAUGGGAGUAAUGACUCCUUGGGUUCUGUACACACUGAAUUCAUGAACCCUCACCUCAUCAGCAUCCGUAUCAACAAGAGGUGCCAGCGAGGAAUGGAAGAUAAUAAGAAACUGGCUUAUCUUGUUGAUAUUAAGACUAUUGCUAUAGUGAACGAAGACAGCACCUAUGUCAGAGGGAAGCACUCAUCCUUCCCUGCCACAUAAUCGUUAAUAAAGUCCAGCUGCUGAGAGUCAUGACCUAUUGUUAAUACUUGCUUAUCCACGCCUAGUGCUAUUAAAUCAGAACUUUUUGUUGCAUUU